CCGCCCCCGGCCCGCCCCCGCAGCCAUGUCGUUGUCGGCGGCGCGCAGACGCCCGGCGGCCCGGGCCGAGGGGGGAGCCCCCGCGGGAGCCCCCGCGCCCGGCGAUGCGGAGCGGGGCAUGGCGGCGCCGGGCCUCACGCUCUGCCUCAAGCUGCUGGCGGCGGCCUUCUACGGGCUCAGCUCCUUCCUCAUCGUCGUCGUCAACAAGAGCGUCCUCACCACCUACGGGUUCCCCUCCUCGCUGUGUGUGGGGCUGGGCCAGAUGCUGGCGACGGUGGCGGUGCUCUGGGCGGGCAAGGCACUGCGGGUAGUCAAGUUCCCUGACCUCGACAGGCAUGUCCCCCGGCGGACGUUUCCUCUACCUCUUCUGUAUUUUGGGAACCAGAUCACAGGACUGUUCAGCACAAAGAAACUGAACCUGCCGAUGUUCACUGUCCUGCGAAGGUUUUCCAUCCUGUUUACAAUGUUUGCCGAAGGAUUCUUGCUCAAGAAGAAGUUUUCUUGGAGCAUUCAGAUGACAGUAUUCGCUAUGAUCAUUGGUGCGUUCGUAGCUGCUAGUGCUGACUUGGCAUUCGAUCUGGAAGGAUAUAUUUUUAUCCUUAUUAACGAUGCCUUAACAGCUGCAAAUGGUGCCUAUGUGAAACAGAAGCUGGAUUCAAAGGAGCUGGGAAAAUACGGUCUGCUAUAUUACAAUGCACUGUUUAUGAUCCUUCCCACCUUAACCAUUGCCUACUUCACCGGAGAUGCGCAAAAGGCGAUGGAGUACCAAGGCUGGGCAGACACAGUCUUCAUCAUGCAGUUUACGCUGUCGUGUGUAAUGGGGUUUAUUUUGAUGUACUCCACGGUUCUUUGCACUCAGUAUAAUUCUGCCCUUACAACUACAAUAGUUGGCUGCAUUAAGAAUAUUUUAAUAACCUAUAUUGGGAUGUUUUUUGGAGGAGACUAUAUUUUUACAUGGACGAACUUCAUUGGUUUAAAUAUCAGUAUUGCUGGAAGCCUGGUGUAUUCCUACAUCACUUUCACGGAGGAGCAAAUGAGCAAGCAGUCCGAAGCUGGCAUCAAGAUGGAUAUUAAAGGAAAAAGCUCUGUGUGACCAGGGAAAGGCUUUUUUUGGAAGCAACCUAUAUCUCUUCAGCUGAUCACGUGCAGAAUGUGGGAAGGAAUACAGCACAUCUGCCAUGGAGUAACAGUGAUGUUCUUAAUUUGCACAAUCUAGAUUGCUGCCUUUGCAACUUAUCAGGAAGAUAACUGACUGCACCGUGAAGAAUACAUCUAAUUAAGGCUGAUCGUCAGGAAUUAAUGGGUUUCUAAUCAUGCUGAGAUUUGGCGGUAGAGAUUGGCACAAGCAGCGCGCACAUUUGAAUGGCGGAGGACUGUGUCUGUUCUGAGGGCCGUACCCUGAGCAUCCUUGGCUGUGUCUUGUCUUGGUGCAGCUAUCACCCAGCAGUGGGUGCAGCAGUGGGUGCAGCUGGGGAUGGGUGCAGGGGCUGGCUCUGCCCUGUGACCCCCCCCAGCCUGGUCUCUCUGACCAGGCAGCAUAUGCUGGUGCUGCAGGAAGGUGAGACCAUGGUACCCAGCAUGGAUCUGGCCCCAAGGGGCAGGUGAACCCCUUCUCUCCCCAGGGGAGAAGAGCAUAGGGAGGGGAGCUGCGGUGUUGCGCCCCACACAAGGCAAGCGCUGGUGUUCCCCCAGCAAAGCCUCUUCUGCAGGAUGCUCCUGGUUUGGGCCAAAACGGCUAUUUUGAAUGCUCAGUGCUCUCUGAACUUAUAUUUGUUAGUUGUUCUUUGGGUUGUUUUUUUUUGUUCUGUUAACCCACUUUUAAAGCUGGGUUUACCCUCCUUGGUUUCCAAAAGCCCUGCAAACAUUCACCCCUUUCUUUCCUGCCCAAGGUUGCUUUUAUGAGGUUCAGGGACAUUCCCGACAGGAAGGUUUUACCUGCCACCGGUGAGCUCUGCAGGGCCAGCAGCCUCCCUCAAACCACCCUGGGGUCAGAAACCUUUGGAUUUGGGAAAGCUGCUGGCUGUGCUGGGGCUGGCCUCAGUGCAGGGACCCUCACAGGGCACUUUGGAUCCAACAGGGAGUAACUGCAGGGUUUGCAGGAGAGCUGACGUCGUCCCACCUGGCACACAGAGCCUCCUUCCAUCUGGAAGAUCUGCUGCAAAGCGAAGGCUGCCGCUUCUGCCCCUACAAUCCCCUUCCCACCCCUCAGCACCGUGCAUGUGCCUGGAAGAGGCACAGGGACUUGAAUCGUGUUGUUCUGGCAAGUCAAUGGGAAGCUUGCAGGGCUGGGGGGGUGGGUGGCCCUGCAGGUGCUGCUGCUCGUCCCUGCAGCACCGAGCACGUGUGGCCCCUGCCCAAACUGCAGCACCCGCACUUCAGCAUUGGCUAAGCCCUGUCCCGCAGUCUGUUUUUUGAUGUAGGAAGUCAUCUUUGGUUUGUGACCCAUUAAAAGAAGGGGAUUUUUAAUAUAUCAGGCAGUUUUAACUGAUUUUUUUAUUUUAAAGGUUGUGUGACAGCACUUCUUUCUAGGUCUGUCCCUGGGUUGUCUUUUGGUUUAAAAAGAAUUGUUUAUAAUUUUGGUUAAAAAAAAUUUUUGGUAAAACUAUAUAUUUAUGAGGUUUGGGGUUUUUUUUUGUAUACAUGGCUUUGGUAACCAGGAAAAAGAGCUUGUGUAGACAAUAUCAUUUGUUUCUGGAAGAUAUUUGCUAAAAAUGUAACUGCUGUUUGGUGAAGCUGCAUUUAUUGGAGUGCUUAACAUUGACGUUUUUAUAUGUGACUGAGAAUUUCUGUAAUGGUAGUAAAGGUGUGGAGCGCGUUUGCUGGCCACUGCACUGCCACCUGCUCCAAAAUCCCAUCCCUGGAGUUGUUCUGGCCAGGCAUGCCAGAGCGGCUCAGUGCCAGAGCUGGGGCCUUCCCUUCCCUCUGGGGGACUCCCUUUUGGGGGCAGCAGGAUGGGGAGUGGGGGGACUGGUGUGGUUACUGUAUUUAUAAGGCCCGUGGCAGCACAGAGGGCUGAGCCGGUGUGUCCCGGAGCAAGGAGCAGCCCUUCAGAGGGGCUCCCCCCAGUAGUUCAGAAUCAGAGAAAGCAAAAAAAUUCCCUGACCCCUUCUAUUGCUUCCUAAAUUUCAGUAAAGCCUUGGAUUUGCAACAGCUGCAGAGGGUUUUGUUUUGGGGUUUGGGUUUCUUUUUUUUUUGGGGGGUGGGGGCGUGGAACAUGAUAAAUGCUUCCUGCUGUGCGGAAGACCCAGAGCUACUCCCACAUCAGCUCCAGGCUCAAUUACUGGUUCCCAGCAGCCGGGCAGUGCUGAGGCCGGCAGCAACGGCCGCGCCCCACCGCGCCCCACCAUGCCUGCGCCCUGCGGCGGGUGCUCUGCCGGUGCCGUACGGGCCCACACCCCGGCCUGCAGCCAGGCCUGUGCCUUCGUCUCACUUGCGUGACCAGAAAUAUUUGCAAAUCACUUUUUGCCACGGUUGCUUGUAACUUCGCUGUGCUGAGGCGGUCUGUUGAAAGUUUUGAUUUUUAUUUUUGAAUCUACUGGUUAGAUUUAUUGUCCAAAUGGUAAAAUAUUUUUUAAAGCUUAUCUUGUUUGUAACUGUGCACACUUCAGUGCCAGGGUCUGGAUGCUAUUGUAUACACUGGGAAAGCGAACAGAGGUCCUAAAACAGUAUUUUCUAUGCUAUUAAUCAACUAAAAUUUUUUCUAUGUAGAAUCUAUUUACAAAGUGACCAUUUUAGUGAUUAAAAGGUCGCUCUUUUAAUUUGAAUGUAUGGCAGGCUUUAUAUAUAAGUAAGUCAGUGACGACAGCAAAGAAAAGGAUUUUACGUGCCUAUGUAUUUUUGUACUGGCUUCAAAUAAACCAAUGCCCUUCCCUCCUA